AUGGCCCUCGAGUCCACAAGCCUCACACGACGUCAAUCCAAAGUCAUCGGCGCCCUGGUAGGCCUCCACACCGGUGACUCCCUUGGUGCCAGUCUCGAAUUCCAAUGCCACACCCAAAUUCGCACCCAGUAUCCCAAUGGUCUGCGUGAAAUCAUCGGUGGCGGACUUCUCUCCUGGCCAGUCGGCCAGGCUACCGACGACACGGACAUGACGCGCGCCUUGCUCCUCGCCUACCACAAGCUCCGUGAGGAGCCGCACCAAGAUGUAGCCAUCCUCGCGGGGGAGUAUUUCCUAAACUGGUGGAGGGGUAACUGGCCUGGGAGAAAGCCUGGUUCCCGGCCUAGAGAUAUAGGUAUUGCCACCAGUGAAGGACUACAUAAGUUCUCAAAGACGCGUGAUCCUGAAAAGGCCGGUGCGGGGCGAGGAAAGGCAGGGAAUGGUAGCUUGAUGCGAUGUCUACCAACGGGAUUAUUUCAGAGUGACCCAAAUAAGUUAGUCGAGGAGAGCAUGCGGAUAAGCAUGAUUACACAUGACGACGUGCGCUGUACCAUUUCAUGCGCUGUUUAUAACCACAUCGUCGCGGCUUUGAUAGGAGAUGUAAGUCCGGAGAGUGCAGUUGACGCUGGAGAAAUAUUAGCAGAGAGGUUGGAGAACAAGAAAGACGGGGAUGUGUUGAAGGCUAUAAGACUUGGGAGGCAGGUGUCUCUUCCAAAGAUGGCAAAGGAAGGGCCAAACUUGAGCGACAUGAAGGGUGCGUGUAGUGGGUAUGUGUUAGAGACGCUGGCGUUGGCCAUAGCAGCAUUGAUAGAUAAGAGGUCCUUGGAGGAUAUACUAGUUGAUGUGGUGAGAAUAGGGAACGAUACAGAUACGAAUGGUGCUGUGGCAGGAGGGUUAUUGGGCGCAAGGGAUGGUAUUGAUGGUAUCCCGGAAAGGUGGAGAGCAAAGUUGCAGUUUAGAGAGGAGUUCAUCAAGAUUGGGUUGGAGUUGACGCCGGAAUAG